AUGACACUUUCGAGUCCCCGACAAGAGUCCCUCCUGAGAUUGGAGUCGCCAAAAGCCGCUCCUGCCAAGCGCCCGCUAUCCACGACUAGUAAAGACGUGGAUGAUGAGAACCAUCGGAAAGACCCAAAAGUCAGUCGGGCUUGUGACACCUGCAAGAAAAAGAAAAUACGAUGCGAUGGCACACUUCCGUGCAAAAACUGCGCCAGGAGGAGGAUCAGCUGCGCGUAUGACGCAAAGUAUAGCCGAGGGCGGCCUCCGACGCCUCCAGCUUCAGCCACGAUUCGCGAACACCAAAACAGGCCAAGAAGUGAUCCGUCUGAUGAUAUAUCUACCUGGCAACAGCCCGCCGUUCUUGCUCAGGUCUCGACGCCACUAGCCCAUUCUUGCGCCUCGCCAGCAGGUGAAAUCGAAGGUCAAUAUUUUGAUCCUACCUCGGGAUUGAACUUUCUACAUCGAGCAUGGAAGAAGCUUUUGACCCAGAAGGACCAAGCUGCUUCAUACAACCCAAUCUUCACGGAACAAAGGCAACUGCUCACGUCGGCAGGGGACCGACCCUUUCAUGCCGACGACAGCGCAUCAGACACCUUCAUUCCUGAUGCCUCAACAGCGAGGAAGCUGCAGCAAUUCUAUUUUGCGACGUGCGUUGUCACAUACCGCAUGUUCCAUCAACCAACGGUUGAAGACUGGAUGGAGGUUUUUUUGAAGAAUCGGCAAGGCCCAGGGUCCAUUGCUCGACCACUUGGUAAUGCCAGAACCGCGAUUCUCUUUACCAUCAUGGCUAUCGCGAACUUGCGGUUUCACAGGGUGGACGGGGAGACCUCCAUUGAGAAUGAGUCGCUGGCAUUGGAACGGAGCGAUCAGUUGUUUUGCGCUGGUAUGAGAAUGACGGAGGAGGAGAUUGGGUUUCCGCGUCUGGAAUCAGCUCAGUCACGUCUAAUCCAAGUCCUCUAUCUUCUUCAAACAUCCCGCAUGAAUAAAGGCUGGUAUACGUUCGGUCAUGCGUUUCAUAUCACUCUCUCGUUAGGCAUGCACAGGAGACGGGAUCAGAAGAGGGAUUACCCUUUCACGAGCCGGAGACAAAAUUAUAUCACUUCAGAGUGCUAUAAGCGCACCUUUUGGGUGGCAUAUACCAUCGACAGGUACCUGAGCGUUGUGCUUGGUCGUCCUCGACUCUACCAGGAUGAAGACAUCGAUCAAAAUUUUCCAGAUACUGUAAAUGAUGAGUACAUGACCCCCAACGGUGUUUCCAUUUCAGAUGACCCGGGUGAUUUUCAUAUCGAUGCCCUCAUAUAUCAUGCGAAAAUUGCUCGAAUCAUCGGGAAGGUAUCACGCGAAGUGUACUCUGUUAGCGAGCUGUCUAGCGAGAAUCGCCUGGCUACUGCCCAUCGGUUAGGCCACGAACUACACGAAUGGCGUGAAAGCCUGCCACCACACUUAGGCUCCGUGAAACCAACAACAUUGAUACCAAGUUUUCGGCGUCAGGCUAUUGCCUUACAGCUCGCAUAUUUCCAUGCUCUCAUUCACACCUAUCGGCCCUUUCUUUUGAGUGGCGCGGCGCCCGAAACCGUCAGCCAAUGCAUCUUUGCCACCAAGGCCAGCUUGGAGCUUAUUGAUAGGAUGGCGGGAGACAGCAUACUGUUUCAUUCCUUCUGGUGGACUCACUAUGUGAUCUUCUGUGCGUUGGCCGUAGUUUAUGUUUGGGAGAUUCAACGAGCCGCGCGACCCGCCGAUGAAAUGAUCGAUCAGUCUCUGGGAAGAAUUUUGGAGCUGGCAGAGAAAUGUCAUGGUCAUCUCAAGCGAGCGUCGACUGGUCUAUCGCAAAACCAACGAUACACAGUCAUACUCGACGAAUUGAAAUCCGAGGCAGAAAGAUGUCGAUUUUUGAGGACAAAUCCGCCGGUCCAUAGCGGUGAAGCUAGCAACAAUGCAGACCAUGGCUUUCCUAUGUUACAGGAUCCGGAUAUAUUCGGGACUGAUUCAGAACCUGUGGUUGAAGACGGUAUCACGCUGAAUAUGCCGGACAGCUUCUUGUUUAGUGACUGGCAGACUCUUGACUCAUCGAUGACAAAAUCCGAGAAUCCGGGGUUGUCAAGAUUGAGCCCACACACCCCAGUUUACUUGGCUCGCUUGCUCUACCUAUCUCCUAUUACCCCGGAUUUUGGCUCGGUAUCUCAGUGUCUCAGCUCAGAUGGAAAUAUAAAGGACUUCAGCCCAGCUGUCACCUCUUAUCUCUCACCCCCUCCUUGGUCUAUGUUCAUCAACAUGGCCGAAAAAGACGCCGCAGUCACGCACGUGGAGGGCCAACACUGUCCGGGUAUCUCUGCUGAGGAUGCAAAUUUCUUAGCGAACUUCACAGAUGAAGCCAAGAAAAAGGUUAUUCGAAAGUACAACAUCGCCUUGUCCAUCUUUUUUCAUUCCUUACGUCCUUGCCGGGCCGGUUUCCUUCCUGGUGCUGUUCUAGUGAUUUCAAAGUGGUAUUUACCAAAUGAGACACAGACACGCAUUGCUAUACUUUACACAUCUGCUGCUUCUGGGGGCGCCUUCUCAGGACUGUUGGCAUUCGCGAUCGCCAAAAUGGAUGGCACGGUAGGGUAUGAAGGCUGGCGCUGGAUCUUUAUUAUAGAGGGCAUUGCCACUGUGUGUAUGGCAUUUGCUUGUUAUAUGCUGCUUCUUGACUCGCCAUCUUUAUCUCCAGGAUGGCUUACUUCGGAUGAGAUCCGCUUCCUUGAAGCUCGUCAACUAGCCUCUAAUAACCACAGUGGUCAUGAUAGGGCCUUCAGCAAACGAAUCAUCCUCAGUGUGUUAACUGACUGGAAAAUCUACCUUCUUAUUCUUGCCAACUGGUCCAAUGCAGUUCCCAACUACGCACUCAAGUUCAGUAUGCCGGAGAUCAUCAAAUCUAUGGGCUAUCAAGCAGCAAACGCCCAACUCCUGACUAUCCCUCCAUACGCCAUUGGUGCUGCAUCAGCUUAUGGCUUCUCUGUAUUUGCUGAUCGCUGCUCAUGGCGCAUGCCAUUCAUCGUCGCCCCACAGAUAUCACUGAUUAUCGCGUUUGCAAUACUCUUCACCAAAGCUGCCGACAUCCAGAACAAUAUAGCACUCUGCUACUUUGGCAUCUGCCUUGCGUGCUUCGGGAUGUAUCCUAUUCUUCCUGGUGUCAAUGCUUGGAAUAUUUGCAACAUACCGAAUCCUCAAAAACGGGCCGUGGCCAUUGGCUACCUUAUUUGUGCUGGUAAUGCCGGUGGUAUAAUUGGGAGCUACAUCUAUAUUGCCGAUGAGAAGCCGCGGUAUCCUACCGGGUAUGGCACUUCACUUGCAUUCGCUGCUGCCGGAAUGUUGGCCUGUUUGGUCUUGGAGUUCAGCCUCUGGACCAUGAACAAAAAGAAAGAUCAGAUGUCUACCGUUGAAAUGGAGGAGAGAUACGCUGAAAAUGAACUCAGUGAAAGUGAGGAGAAAAAUCCUUUCUUCAAGUAUACUUUGUGA